AUGUAUGGUGAGCACAAUGAUUCACUCAGUGAAUUUUAUUUGGCUUGUCGAAGUGGAGAGCAAAAUAAAGUCGAAAAUUUUCUAUCUCGUCUUUCUUUGUACGAACUCAAUCAACUUGAAUCGAACGGAAGUACUGCUUUGCAUGCUGCAGCUUUCUUUGGUCAUGUCGAAGUUGUUCGGCUUUUAAUGAAGCACGGCGGUAUUCUGACUACACUUCCCAACCUAUACCAUUUAACGCCUGCCGAAGAAUCAAAUGACACUAUUCGUCGAUUAUUGCUCUUGCCCGAUGUUGUUCAAGUGCGGUUUCAAUGUACAAACGAUAUGAAUGCAACACUUUUCACUCCUCUUACUGGAAUCAGCAGUAUCGAAGGUCAGCCGUUGAUAUUGACAACGAAUGAACCCAUUGAUCAACGGCCCGAUUGGAUCGAUGCUUACGAUAAUGCUCAUCGGAUUGCUCUAGAAAACCAUGAGUAUAUGCGAAAAUGGAUAACGAAAAUUCCACUCACUCAAAUUAUAAACACGAUUCUAAACGAUUAUGUUAAUCAGAUGAAUGAAACGUUGACUGAAGAUAAUCUUUCUGUAAUUCGGGAAUAUAUUAAAUUAGCCAAUGAUGACGACGAUGUUCGUUAUCUCCUUUAUGCUUAUACGACGCCCACAUCUUUCUUCAAGCAGGUUAAUAUUGAUCUAGCUCAACGAGGUUCUGACUUUCGAUUUGAAAAUAAUAUCUCGAAAAAGUACCAAGAUAAUGAACCUCCGCUUGGAUUCGGUCAGUAUUUGUUUGCCGCGGUAAUCAUUAAUCAUCCAUCCAUUGAUCAGUGGCGUUUUACCGGUGUGAGCUAUCGUGGUAUGAAUAUCACCAAUAAUGAAUUGAAUCAGUAUACUAGUGAUGCUCGAAUUUUGACACGUUCAUUUUUGUCGACAUCGAAACGUAUUGAUACGGCUUUUCUUUAUCUUCAAUACAACAAUCCUGUUCUUCGACCAGUCUUGUGCGUCUAUCGCGUGAUACAGUAUUAUACAAGUCUUGCCAUUAGUGAUUUCAGCGCCGUUCAAGCCGAAGAUGAAGUACUCAUAAUACCGUUUGUGGCAUUUCGUGUCGUCAAAGUUGAUAUUGAUGGUUUCUAUGUUUCGGAUGGCUGCCGAGUUUCUGUUAUUUUUCUCGAUGAAGUAACAGCCAAUGAGCAAAGGCAAUCUUGGCCACUGGCAGCAGUGAUCGAAGACGAACAUCUCGUUUCGGAGAAGAGCGAGAAAAUAAAUGAGCAGUUUCCAAAUGAAGCAUAUUCGGUAUCAUCAAUGAAUAUUUUGGAAAGGCAAAAUUUGACUUCUUCAUUUUUUACUGUACUCUACGAAAAACAUCGUACAACUAUUGACCAGUAUGUUGAAUAUUGCCUAACUAAUUAUUCGCAUUGGAUAACGAAUGAACUCUGGAAUAUUAGAUACAGUAUCAUUAUGCCGUUACUCGAUUCAUCUUUCUUUUUCACUGCACAUGAAAAACAAUGGAUUCAUGAAAAUCCCGAUUGUUUCCGUUUGUAUUAUGAUCAAGCUCUCUUGCCACCAUUGGUAUCGUGCAACAAGAAGACGGUAGAUAUUGUAGAUUUACUGAUUGAACAGCGAGCCAUUAUUAUUCUUGGAGAUCCUGGCAGCGGUAAAACAACAUGGACUCGUUGGCUAAUGUGGAAAUGUAUUCAAAUGUUUCGUGAGUCUCUUGAAAAUUCUGACCAUCGUGUAGUCAUGCCUUUGCCAAUUUUGAUUCCAAUCGAUAAUUUCAUUAAAUAUAUGAGCGAAAAGCCAUCAGUGUCGUUUUUCGAUUGCAUUUGUCGAAUCGCAAUCAAUGAUCCGAACGAACAAAUAUUGACUUGUAUCGCUGAAUAUCUCUCAUAUGGGCAUUUGCUCAUCAUUCUAGAUGGAUUGAACACUCUCGAUGAUCCACAGAAACAAGAUCAUCUAGUCAAUCUUCUCAUUCAAUUUCAGAAAUCAACUAUUUUUUGGAAUGAAAGUGACAGAAAAAUUCGAACUGAGAAUCGAUUAAUUGUUAUCAUUAAUCAUAUUCAAUCGCUACCAGAAGAAUAUUUUUCAUUUUAUAGGUUGACUUCAUUGUCACUCGAUGUAAUUGAUGAUUUUAUUGACAAUUGGUGGAAUAAUCAUUGUUCGUAUUUGCGAAAUGGAACGGUGAACAAUUUUGAUAAUCAAUGGAACGAGAGGGUCGAUCAAUUGAAAUCGUUAUUCGAACGAUAUCCUACGUUCAAAGAAUUGCUUUCGAAUAUCUUGAUUUUAUCUACGAUUUGUCAGUGGAUGACAUUACAGAUACUCGUUGGGGCACCGCCGAAAAAGAGGAUUCACUAUUAUGGUAUCAGUGUUUUUGUCUUGUUUGCUCGAUUUCAAAAAUGGCCAAUACUAAAACAAAUCGAGCGUGAAAUUUUUAUCGAUAUUCUUGCUGAUAUAGCUGAUUAUCUUCAAGAAUAUUCAUCAUCGGGUCUGAUUGAAAAGUUUGAUUUGAAUUACAAAUAUCGUGCUUCAAUUCGAACCCAUUCUGCACGGUUAUCAAUCGAUGAUCAAUCGAUGAUCAAUACUUGUCUCAUAUCGAUUAUCGAUAAAAACAGCUUAUUUUUCCUACGAAAUACGAAUAGUUAUGGCUUUCUUUCAAUACCAAUUCAGCAUUUGUUUGCAUGUUUGUUUCUUAUUCGAACAACCAAUACGAAGCAAUCCAAAGUAGAACUGAUCGUUGAAAGAUUUUUGUGUUAUAUGACAAAGUCAAAUUUCCGUGAACCACUUCUGUUAGGUCUGGAGUGGAUUAGCUCGCAAUGGAAUUCGGAAGAUCUAAACACAUUUUGUCGUUUAUUAUUCACGAAUAACAACGAUCAAUUUCAUCAUAUUCUACCACUCGGUGCGAUGCUAUUGAUGACAACAUUACCUGAUUUAGUACAGAAUCCCUAUGAGAAAACAUUACAAGAUGCAUUCGAUCGAUUCCUAAUUGUUAGUAAAAACCGAGAGUGGCUUGUCCGGUUCCCCAUUUUUAUCGAUUAUCUUAUCGAUGGAUUGAACUAUUUGCCGUUGAGCAUUGCUCGUACUUGGAUCUAUGAUUAUUUUAAACAAUGCUCUACCAUUGAACAUAAUAGAAGUGUCUUGAAUGUUUUAAUGAAUUUAAUUUGUUUUUCUCGUAAGAUUCCAAUCUGGAUGAGAAAUGAUGAUCAUCAAACGUAUUCACUAAAUGUUCUUCAAUGCCAAGCACGUAUCGAUUAUACUCGUAACAAGGAAGGCAAUGGUCUUUUUGUUGGCGAUCGUUUCUUGACAACAAUUUCGAUAAUAGACUCGAGUUUAUUCACAUCUGGUUUCGUUCGUCAAUCACUUCUCCGUUUCAAUGUUGAUAGCGAAAGACUGUCGCCUAUAUACCUAACGGUACUCAUUGCUCUCUAUGGUGGAUUAAACCGAUUCACACGAUUACAUUUAGACAAUAGAGAUACUGUUGUUUUCUCCACGUUUCAUAUGCAUCGAGAUUCAUUGCAAAAUUCAUGGUUAAUUCAUUAUUUGAAUACAAACUGUUGGACACAUCUGCCCAGUACAGAUGAGAUCGAACAACAAGUUCGCAAACUUUUGCCUAAUGACGACUCGCCUGAAACAGUCGAUCUAUUCAUUGCUUGGUUAUGCUUGAAAGGUGUUAAACAACCAUGGGUUUUCCGUAAAUAUAUGAGUUGGUCAGCAUUUCAAAGUGCCAUAAAUCGAUUUCAUCGUUUAGUUUUGUAUUUGAGUGAAUUUUAUUAUGUGAAAUACGAUGUUGAGGUAGAACUUGAAGCACCUUCGACUUUUCGAGACGAUGCGCUUUUGAUCAUCAAUCAAUAUUCGGAGAAGGACACGGGUUGCUCGACAUUGCUUCAUUGCGUUGCUGUUGCUCUAGCACGUCUAAUGAUUGUCGGUGGUCAGCGAUCGUUAUUCUAUCCGGAUGGUUCGUUUUGUCCACGCAUGCUAGAUUUGAAUCUAACUGAUUCGAAAUCGAUUGCCGAUCUUUGGCAAUGCUCAGAUUCGCACAUCGCCAGUUUUCUUCCUCUUUUAUGGAAACCGUUUCUACCGCGUGAAGUAAAAUUUCUAUGCGAAAAAUUCGAUAGUGAUUCGAUAUUAACCAUCGCCAAUGAAACGCAUCCGAUAUUUACUUUUGGACAACAAACAUCGUUUCUUCUUACAUUAAUACCUCGACAUUUUCAUUCAAUAUUUGAUCGAUUUCUUAAUUCGUCAAAUUCGUUCCCAUUUGUAUGUUUACUUGGUGAAAUAGUUUGUGUAUUGAGCACGCAGAAAAAAGGCAGUAUUCGCUUUGCUCUACUACUUGCUGUUUUAAGAAUUCAUUUUGAAAAUAACCAAUGGGCACACAUAUUCAGAGGACUGCUCGGUUUGGCUAAUCGAACUCGAGAUGUGAACCCUUAUUUUUAUAAAUUCGACCAUUUCUUAUCGAAAAAAUACGGCCAAUUAUCAUUCGAUGAAAAAACUCUAGAAGAAGAGCAUUUAGAAAUAGAAUUAAUUCGCGCACGACAACGAGCCGAAGAAUUAAGAAAGACAUCGGCCAAUUCUGUUCAACUUUAUGAGGUAUCGAUUGCAAUCGCUGUUCUAUCCUGUGCUCUCCAUCAACGAGACGAGCAACCAGGCGAGAUUGCCGAUGAAAUCCAGUUUACUAUAGCGAACAUUCGAGAACCUAUUCUACGUUUGCAUGCUCUAUCGAUUACUUGGACGCUGACACAGAAUUACACCACAACAUCCACCCAUCGAAUGAACUCAAUAUCUCAAAAAGCAUUAGCAGCUGUUGACACUCAGAACUCGAUUGAAGAUCAUACUCUUCUGUUUCUCAUGUGGUGGACAACCUUUGCUCCGAUUGUUGACACCCGGACAAUUGCCUGUCAAGUACAUUGUCUACUUGAUCAUCUCUUGGUAAAUAUAGAUACUGAUUCAAUUGAAAUUCAACAGGUUGUAUGUCAAUCAUUAUUAUUUGCACUUCAUCAUGAUAUUUAUCCAUAUGUUCGGUCACGAAUCUGUCAUUUCAUUCAAAAUAGUCGCUGGUCAAAUUUGACUAAUAUAUGCCAAUUCCAAUCCGGAGCCCUUUCAGCAUUGAUCAAUGAGAACAAUUACAAUCCAAUCUUUGUAAAUCCAUCAACAUCGACUCUACUCGCAUCCAUGUAUUUAAUGCAAUUAAGCAUUGAUAUACUUUAUUUGCCUACGUGGUUUGAAAUGGAAUCCACAAACAAUCGACAAACAACACUUGAUCGAAUUGAUCUCGAACAAGCAGCGAUCGAACAAUGGCGUAUUUCAAGCGAACAUGGAGUAGUAUCAAAAGAGGCAGCAAGAAUCAUGUCUAAUCUACUAAGAACAUAUCAAGAUAAAUCAUCUGAUUAUCAUUCACUAGAGCGUUUACUUGCAAAAUGUAACUUUGUUGAAAAAUCCGCUCAAUCAGACGUUAUUCAAUGGCUUCAAUAUAAAGAUCAUUCACACCUAUCUAUCUUUGCAUUUCAUGCAGCUUUACUAAUUACAAAAUAUUCUAUUGAUGCCAUUCAACUAUGUUGUCAAUUGCUUGAUUGUCCGUCUGAUGAAUUUCGACAGCGAGCCAAAAAAUGUCUAAGUUCUGUGUGCUUAUGCGCGUCAUCUUUUACUCGAGAUCGAUUCAUUCAACUCUUUACACAAUUACUUCGUGCAUAUCGUACACAAUCAAUAUUAGCACGAGAAAUACUCAUCAAUAUUGAUAUUCGCAUCGAUUCGAUCGAAUUUCUAGAUCUGCUCUUUAUUUGGGAACGCGAACGAAUACAUUUACUAGUUGAAUCAUCCCAAGCGCCGCACUAUCUCACACACGAUCUCGAAUUGCAUCAUCAAAACAUGAGAACUUCUUUAUUCGACUAUGUACAUCUGCAAAGUGGAUCUCUUGAUCUACUUGAAUAUCUAUUCGAAUAUGUCAGUAAUCGAUGCUCUCAACUGCAAAGCGAUAGCGAAAGAAAAACAAUCGAAGAACAAUCCUAUUUAACUGAACUUGUACAAUUUAUUGGUCGAGUUUGGGAUAGUUCGGUGAUGAGUGAAAUGUCAAUUUGUGAACAGAAUUUCGCAUCGCAUAUUAUUGUUCUCUUAACAGAUGUGACAUUAAGUCCUAUGCUCAGCAAAGCAAUUGUCAACGUUCUUCUCAUCAAUCGUAGUACAGCUCCAUAUGUACCAAUUUUUACACGAAUCGAAGCUCGACAAUGUAUGAAAAGUAUUCUUAUUGAAAUAUUUCAGAAUCCUUCGAAGCAAUAUCGUGAUGAUGAGAUUCUAGCUAAUAUUAUAAAAAAUUAUUUUCAUGUGACGAAUGACGCUGAUGAAUAUAUUUUAGUUCGCUUACAAGAAUGUUCCAAUCGAAAUAUAAUCGUAGCAGCAGCCGAUAUCGCUCGUAUUCACUGUCGUUCAUUAAGACGACCAAAACCGAAUUUGAACGAAUUUCUUCAACUUGUCAAUGGGGAGUAUAUUCGACUUUAUCAUGCAUUGCUGUCCAUCGUUGUCGAUCCGCGAACAAUAUUUAUAAUACAUUCAAUCACGUUGGAUUUAAUCUCCAAACAUGAAGAUGAGCUCCUAUCGUUGUUCGUCGAAGAAUUCAGCCGAGGACAACAUUCAAAUCAUAUUCGUCUUGCAUGUACUCUUGUCGAUCGAAUUUUACCUCGAAUGCAGAAUGCAAUCGAACAUAAGGAAAAAUUAGCACAAAGUCUUCUCCAGCGGAGUCAAGAUAACAAAGAUGAUCGAGAUUGCUGUAUACGAUUUUUAACCAGCUAUUGUCGUGAAUUGACGAUUGAUAUCAAACAAAUGUUUCUGUCAGCUAUGUGGGAUCGACACCCGAUUCAGUUAGUAGCAUACGAAUGUGUGGCAAACAUUCAGCGUGUUAACAGCCGCGCUAUUGUCGAAGAUCUUUAUCACGAACUACUCUUGUCGAAAUCGUUUCAACGACGUUACAUCAGUGCCAUGUUAUUGGUACAACUGGCCAAAUUCGAUCAAGUAUCCAUCUAUGAAGUACAACAAACAUUGACUGAAGCUAUUAAUCAACCAACAACUAUGAGUGGUACAAUCACACAUGAGGGCAAACAAAAAUUAGAUCAGGCUCUUUUCAAUUUGCUAACGCAACUUUCGUUCAUUCUUGAUCGAAAACAUGAAGACUUGAAUGACUAUCAUAAGCCUAAUUAUACGAAUUUCUAUUGGGAACUUGAAUAUAUUAUUGAUGCCGAUGAAUAUGCAUCAUUGACUUUUCCGUCAAUGUUAUAA